AUGCGUUUCUUCUCCGUCCUCGGCUUCGCGGCCGCGGCCGUCGCCCAGCUGACGUCGUCUUCCCUCGAGAAGUACGUCGACGCCGCCACCAUCCAGUCCUUCAACCCCAUCAAGGAGUCAUACUGGACCGGCCUCCCCCACCACCGCCGCACCCCCUUCGCCGUCUCUCCCGACGGAAAGUCGGCCUGGCUCGCGUACCUCGAUUCCUCUGAGACGGGCGUUCACGUCCAGCAAAUCGACCCCACCACUUUUGCCGCCACCGGCACCCCUAUCACCGUCUCGGGCGGUAAGGAGGCCGCCGGCCUCGUCGCCCACAACGACGGCUUCGCCCUCAUGACCAAUGAGGUCCUCUCCGGCUCCGGCACCGACGACGCCAUCGCCGUUCUCUACCGCUUCACUACCGGCAAGACCGAGCCCACCUUCAAGACCUGGCUCGGCGGCCCCAACGUCGACGGCAGCCAAGCCGCGGCCUCGCCCGACGUCAACGGUGAUCUCGUCUUCUCCGAGAAGGCCGGCUACUACGCUGCCUACAUUGUCAUCACCGCCUACAAGGGCGACGCCACCGGCCACUUUGGCGAUGCCAUCCGCUACAUCGACACCACCGGCAAGCUCACCCCCAUCUCCGGCGCCUCCUCCAGCUGGGGCUGCUCCCACAACACGGGUAUCGCCUUCGAGGCCGCCGACGCGGCCCCCUUUGCCUCCAUCUGCGCCGAGGACCAAGGCGCCAUCUGGCUCAACACAAAGUCCCAGGGCAUGACCAACGACAAUGUCAAGAUCUCCAACGAGCACGUCAUUAACGGCGCCUCCAACGAGGCCAUGGGCGGCAUGUCCGGCUCCUACUCCAGCCUGGCCCGUUUCAUCGGCGCCGACUCGUACAUCUUCUCCUGGGUCUCCCGCGGCGCCAUUGACCUGACGGAGAACACGUGGAUGGGCGACGGCUACACCCACGCCCAGAACCGCACCAACAACCGCAACGUCGCCAUCGCCCUCUUCUCCGACAAGAACACCAUCGUCGGCCCCCAGGCCUCGUCCGUCGUCGGCACCGCCGACGGCGACUCCCAGAUCAACUGGAUCACCUCGGGCUCCAACGACUGCUCCAACGCCCACGCCGCCACCUUUGACGCCUCCAAGGCCCUCAUCACCUGGGAGGAGAUCUCGAACCCUAUCUGCGCCUUUGACGCCAUGGGCUGCCAGGGCCCCUAUGCCGGCACCAAGUUCCAGAUGGUCGGCAGCGACGGCAAGAAGAUUGGCGACGUCAUCAGCGCCGACGACACCUACGUCGCCGGCGACAUGGUCACCAUGUCCGAUGGCCGCAUCUGCUGGCCCUACGUCUCCAUGACCUGGAAGCUCAACGGCCCCGUCACCGGCUCCCCCGUCACCAAGAUGUCCUUCGCCUGCAUGACCGGCGGGGCCGGCUCUAGCGCCGCCCCCUCCGCUGCGCCGGCCUCCUCUUCCACCCCCACCGCCAGCGCCGUCGCCUCUCCCUCCGCUCCCUCCACUCCCGUCGCCGCCGCUCCCUCUACCACCGAGGCCGUCGAUGCCGUCGCCCCUAGCGUCUCGAACUCCGCCGAUCCUACCUUCCCCUCCGGCUCCGCCCCUCAGCCCAUCUUUGAGACCAUCUCUGGCACGGCCUACACGCCCACUGGCCCGUCCUACACCCCCUCCGCCUCCGCCUCCGCCUCCGCCUCAGCACCGGCCCCGGCCGCCCCUGCCCCCUCUGGAUCCGGAUCCGUCCCCGCCGAGGCCCCCGCCUAUUCUGCCCCGACUGCUUCCGUCUCCUCCCCCGCCGGCGCCCCCGCCCCCAUCUUCGAGACCCUGCCUCAUGCCCCCGUGUCGUCUGCGCCCUCCGCCCCUAGCACCCCCUCCGGCACCCCCUCCGGCGCCGCCCCCUCCAAGACCAAGACCAAGAAGACCCGCACCCGUACCAAGACCCGCGGCCCCAAGCCCACUGCCGCCCCUUCUCACAGCGGCAAGUGCGUCGCCCACACCGUCUUCAAGACCGUCUACGUCACUCAUAAAUGA